UCUGUGUCUGUCGUUUUGCUUGUUGACAUUUAUUAAAUUGUUAUUGUGAUUCUAAAAUUUCUGUAGUCCUUUAUUUUUAAUUUUAAAUAAUAAAACGCAUUAUUUUAGAUAUGUAUAAUUAUGAAACAGCAACAAGAAAAUUAUUUUAAAUCCAAAUUUCAUCUACUAAAUUCGCAAGAGAGCUCAGAAGAAAUUAUUUGGUCGUGCAGUGAUUCAAGUGACUACGAAAAUUAUUCUUAUAAUGAAAUUAACUUAAAACCAGGCAAGAGGAAAAGAAAACCAGUGAAGAUCAAGAAAAAUGUAUCUAAUAAUACUUCUAAUCUUGAUGUAACUAUUGUUGACGGUACUAAAACCACUAAUGGAAAGAAAAUUCAAAAAUUUCCUGAUGGUGUUAAUUUAGGUUGCAAAUCUCCUAUUUUGACGAGUUCUCAACGAUUCGCGCCAUUUAAAAGUAUUAAAUCGCCAGUAAUUAAUCUAAAUAGUAAAGAAAAUAAACAAGUAAGUCCUGUAUUAUUUCUCAAAAAUGGUCCACAGAAAAGUUUACCUAAAGUAAGGAAAAAACUAUUUGAUCACAAUAGUAUAAAUAUAGAGAAACAUCGAGAAAGAAGCGUAUCACCAGUUUUAACGUGUACGGAAAAUGUAUUAAAGAAAUCUAAGACAAGCGACAACCCAAAAAUACCCAACAGUAUUAAAAACAACAAUGACAAAUUUAGUACAGAUAUAAUAAUAAAUAAAAAAGUUACUAAUACUAAUAUACCUAAAGACGUGCCAUACGAAGAAUGUAAAAUUAAUAAUCAUCAAACAAAGCUAGAAUCACAGGUUUUAAGUAGUCAUAGAAAUAAACAACACGAAUUACAUAAUUCAACUCAAGACAUAAAUAUAAGUAUAGAUAAUAAAAUGAAAAGUGUAGCAUUAAAAGAUAAAAUUAAAUCAUACUUUGACAGUCAUUUCAGCUCUACGUCACAAUCACAAAAUUCAAUAAGUGAAUAUGACUCAAAGAACAGUUCGAAAAGCAAUGACGAUAUUGAAAUCAUCAAUUCUUUGACAGACGAAAAGCCACUAAAUGUUAAACUAGAAAACCGAUCCGAUCAAUCAUCGGAUAGCUUAAAAUGUUAUAAUGAUAGCUACGUACAUAAAACAAAAAAGGUUAAGUACAAAAAAGAUGGAUUAGCGUUUCGUUUAAAUGCGUUAUUAAAAAAACAAAAUGCAAGCAAUUCUCUAUGGUAUCAUGAAAGAUAUUUGGCAGCAAAUUCAAACUUUAUUGUUCCUAGGGAAGAUUUUGUUGCAUUUCGAAUUGAAAAUGUUUCUUUCAAAUAUGGUUGUUACUUACUUGACGUUUUAGAUAUAAAUAACGAACUUUGUUUAGUUUUUAUUAGUAAUUCAUAUGUUAAAAGCAAUACUAUGGCAAAAGAUGCAAUUUUUAAACUUUAUAGGCCAUAUAAAAUGUUACAAUUUGAGAAACAUAAAUUAUAUAUAAAUGUUUGUAAAUAUGAAUGUGUUGUAUUAAAAAAAUAA